UAUCCUUUUAUAAGUAAGCCUCACUUUGCACAUUUGCAUUCACAUUUCUCUCCUUGAGCAUUUCCAUGGACUCCCAACAACCCCAAAAAGAUCCCCACAAACCCUCAUCCGGCAAGUUUCAGGCCAACAUCAUAGCCAAAGUGAAAACCAAUCUGGUUUUCCGAUCGAAAUGGGCCGAGUUGAACGGUGCAAUGGGGGACUUGGGCACGUUUAUACCAAUAGUUUUGGCCUUGACUCUAGCAAAUGACCUUAACCUGGGCACAACGUUGAUAUUCACGGGAAUCUACAACAUUCUCACCGGUGCCAUAUACGGCGUCCCUAUGCCUGUCCAGCCCAUGAAGGCCAUUGCAGCCGCAGCAAUAUCUGGGUCUGAUUUUGAUGUCCCGGAAAUCAUGGCUGCCGGAAUAUUGACCGGAGGGAUUUUAAUUGUUUUGGGUGUCACGGGGUUGAUGCAGCUAGUGUAUAAGAUAAUUCCUCUAUCUGUUGUCAGGGGAGUUCAGCUGGCACAAGGCUUGUCAUUUUCACUGACAGCCGUCAAAUACAUUAGAAAAGUUCAGGAUUUUUCUAAGUCCAAGGCUGGACAUAAUAGGCCCUGGCUUGGCUUGGAUGGGCUGGUCUUGGCUAUUGUUUGUGCUUGUUUUAUUGUUAUUGUUAAUGGCGCAGGUCAGGAGAAAGAGGACGAUGAAAGAGAGAUUGGUGGUGUUUUAGGUGAUGAUGAGGAUCAAAGACAUGGGAUGAGGAAGAGAAGAAGAGUCAGAAAAAUAAUCUUCUCACUUCCUUCAGCUUUCAUGGUGUUUUUGUUGGGUGUGGUUUUCGCUUUUAUAAGAAGGCCUAGAGUGGUGGAAGACAUUAGAUUUGGACCGUCCUCUAUUCAAGUAGUAAAGAUAUCAAAGCAUGCAUGGAAGGAAGGGUUCAUAAAGGGUACGAUUCCUCAACUCCCCUUGUCAAUGUUGAAUUCUGUGUUCGCCGUCUGCAAGCUGUCGUCCGAUCUUUUUCCGGGAAGGGAGUUCUCGGCGACAUCGCUGUCGGUGACCGUCGGGUUAAUGAACGUGGUAGGGUGUUGGUUUGGGGCCAUGCCGAGCUGCCACGGAGCCGGCGGGCUAGCCGGGCAGUACAAGUUUGGUGGGAGGAGUGGCGGGUGCGUGGCCCUUCUUGGUGCAGCCAAAUUGGUCUUGGGUUUGGUAUUAGGGAGCUCUUUGGUGAAGAUUUUGAGCCAAUUUCCUGUUGGGGUUCUUGGGGUUCUGCUCUUGUUCGCUGGAAUUGAGCUUGCCAUGGCUUCAAGGGACAUGAAUACAAAGGAGGAAUCCUUUGUGAUGCUUCUUUGCACAGCGGUUUCCCUAGUGGGAUCAAGUGCUGCGCUUGGGUUUGUGUGUGGGAUUGUUGCUCAUUUGCUUCUAAGGUUAAGAAAUAUUCUAAGUAAAGAUCAUUAAUUAGCCAAGCUUUUAACAUGGUUUGUAAUCUUGUAACCGCUCAAGCAAAAAGGAUCCUUGUUUAUUAAUUGCUCUUGUAAAUGGCUGAAACUGCUUUUCAGAUGAGUCCAUGAGUUGCUGCUUGCUUUGUCCUGCAAGCCUACAUUUUAGUCCCCACCUGCUAUGAUCAAUAAAAAGCAACCAUAUUCCGUCCCA